AUGAACUGCGUUCUGGAUCUUUUCUCAGAUGAACCAGUGCCGGCGGAGUCUUGGCUUCGAUGUGGCAUCCGCCGCGUGCGGGAGCUACCAGCGCUGGCGUCGUCACAGCUCCUGGUGUGUACCUGUGAGCUGGUGAAGGUCGGUGGCCACGCAGGCCUUUUUGGUGGCCGGCUGGUACUGACUGGGACUGGCAUGGCGUUGGGCUCGCUGUGGUCCCACGUCCAAGGAGGCUUGGGCCCGAAGAGCUUGGGCACCGAGCCGACGAAGGUAGAGGCGGCUGCUGCCGCUGCCACCGAGGCGGCCUUCGCAGACCCUUGGGUGGUGGUCGUGGAUAGCAGGCCCGGCUGCUUUAUCCCUGGCGAUCCUGUGGAAGUUUCUGAGAGUUCCGGAAAAGGAUGGCGGGGCGUGGUGAAGUGCAAGGCGGGCGAAGGAAGCUACAUCGUGGAGGACCAGAGCCAGACGCCCCACAACGUGGCUGCAGACAGGCUGAGAGUGGACGAGCUCGUUGCGUCAGUUCUGUGA